CUCGUGACCACGACUACUUUUUUUUUUUUUUUUCCCACAGCUUUCCGCCGGGUCGAUGACGAAAGUCGAGACCCGCCCAAAAGGCGGAUGAGGCUCUAACUGUUGUUGCCCAAUCGGGAAACUGUGUGUGUAUAUAAAAGCCAGCCUCCAGUGUAUAUGAAAUAGCCAAAUUCCAAAGUUUCAAGAUUUCCUAGCAGCGUCUCAAAAACACGUCUUUUACAUCAUGGACAGGCUGCAGGAUAUUAGUCGCCUACUCUUGGCCGCCGGAGGAACGCCUUCGAGGGAUGGCAAAACCACACAUCUCACCUACGAAAAAGAAGGCUCUAUUCGCAUGCGGACGUGGACUGGAUCUGAACUUACCGACGAUGAGUUGAUCACUAAUGAGGUCAGGCGAGGCACUUCUGCACCAAUUGUCAACCGCAGCCGUAAGAAAGUAUAUGUCGUUCAUAAGAAUGAUUCAAUCAAGUGCUUUAUUGAUCCUCUUCGAGACGAUGACCAGGUCGAAGAAGACGAGAUAAACGAUGAUGCCCCCUGGAAUGAAGAAGAGAUUAUCGGCGUGGAUACUCGGGUCCACCCACAAAGUCAACUUGCCGUUUCUUACGACAAGAACACCGUCUUUGUAUUUUACCAGAAGCCAGAUGGUUCGCUCGGUGGUAUUAAUGAGUACAAUAACAAGUGGAAGGCCAUCGAACUCCCAGCUGUUGCUGCACUUGGCGGAACUCCACUAGCGACUUGCAAUACCAACAGUGCGGUGUUUUUGUUUUACAUUAGCGUUGAUGGGACUGUUCGCUAUAUAGAGAACAGUGAAGGUGAAUGGAAAGACGUGUUCUUUUCAUCCGCCCAGAUAAUCGAUCCAGACGAAAAGCUACCCGGUACAGCCCUCAAGCUAACUAUUGCCGAAGAUAGGCAAGCAUUUGAACGCAUCAGGCCCUUGGUCUUCUGCCUUGACAGUAACGUUCUCUCUAUAAUCAAAUUUCGCAGCAAGCAUGUGGAAACUAUAGGGAUCAUAGACGGUAUAGAAUUUGUGCCUUUUCUUGGCAACAGGGAACGUAAUAGGUACUACUUUUGGAGUCCAUACCCUUUUUACGCCAUGAACAAGCGAAACAACAAAAGUCAAUCUGAAGCUACCAAACCAACACGGCUUUGGGAUCAAUACCUUAAGCGCUCAUAUCAUCAGGAAGAGCGAAGCAAUCCGAGUGCAACGAAGCAUCCUAACAAUCCCCAAGAGCCCUUUAUCGCUAACCGGAGAGCUUCAAUUGUGAUCAACAAGACCCCAGCUACUGUGAGCAUUGAGACCACCAAUGCCAAAGCUAUAAUCCCGCCACAGAAAUCAGAGCACAGAGAAAUUUCAAGCGGCAGUCUGGCAGAGAGCUCUAUUUUCGCUGGUUUCUGCAGUCUUACUGACCCUUUGAAUACCUUGAUGGGGAAAAUUUUUCGCAACGUACGCAAUGAGGAUACAAUUGAAGAGGAUGCUUCAGGAAAUAGCAGAUCUGAUCAUCGUGCCGAUACCACAGACGCUUCUCGCGAAACAAAUGAAGUGAAUGUGAUAGAAAGUGACGGGAUUGAGUCAAACGGAGUAAACCCAGGCAUAUCCGAAAUUGACGAGGCUGGACCAAAAGAGACUGAAGUUGAAGAAACCGAAAAUGCCGAGAUUAAAGCAGAUGGAAAAGAAGCUGAUAAGCGCUUCAUUGGAGAAGAUGAGUCGGAAGAAGCUGAUUCAGAAGGUACAGAAGAAGAAAGUGGCUCAGAGGGAAGAGCUUCAGAAGAAGCCGAAACAGAUCCUUCUGAAAUUGAAGAAGAAGCUGAAAAUGAAGAAGAUGAAACGGAGGAAGCUCAACCCAAAGAGGUUCAAACCGAAGAGGUUCAGGAUGAAGAGAUUCAAGAGGAAGAGAUUCAAGAGGAAGAGAUUCAAGAGGAAGAGAUUCGAAAGGAAGAGAUUCGAGAGGAAGAGAUUCAAGAGGAAGAAGCUCAGCCCAAGAGAGCUCAAGAGGCUCAAAAAAAUGAUGGCAAACCAGAAGAGUUUGAAGCUAAAGUGUCUAAAACUGGAGAAUCUGGAAUCAAGGGACAGGAACCAAGGAACAUUAAAUGCGAAGAAAUCAGACCAAUAAUCGCAGCGGAUAAAGACGAAGUGUCUCCUGCAGAAACAUUUACUACGAAACUUCGACUACCUAUCGUGGAAUCAUCUACCACAGAAAGGCGCGGUAAAGAGCUUGCUGAUAAAGAACUUGGUCUCGAAAAUCUUGAUCCAGAAGAAUCUGAGCGCACCGAAAUUCCAACUUUCGAUAAAGGAAAAGGCCCUGCUGCAACCGAUACGCCCAUUUCGAAAAAAUUAAGAUUCAACACACCGCAAGACAUUCAAGAAGACAUGAACAACCAUAUUGAGAAAAUUGGUCUUGAUUCAAUUUUCCCAAAGGAAUCACCCUAUACACGUAUCCUGGCUGAUAACGCAAUGAAACUCCAAGACAGCAAAGAAAACUUACUUAAUCGAGUAGACGAUAUCCGAUGCAUUACAAUACUUAAUCUCUAUCAACCAGUGCUCUAUUGCGACGAUAGCACUUCUAUGAGGGCUAACACUCGUGUCGAAGACCAAAAAGAAAUGGUUCGUCGAGUUACUCGAAUUUCUACCUCCAUAGUACCUCCAGGCUAUGGAACGAGCUUACAAUUCAUUAAUUUUGUCCGUGAUGUACACGACGAUAAACUAAGCCAAAAAGAAGUAGAGGCUAUUAUGAAUUCGGUGAAGCCGAGUGGUCAUACGAAGAUCGGCACCAAUUUGAAGGAAAAGAUUCUCAAGCCCCUGGUUUACGACGUUAUAAAGAGCAACAGGAAACUUGAACGACCUAUUCUUGUUUCUUGUAUUACGGACGGCUGCCCCAGUGACGAAUCAGUAGAUACGUUUAGGAAAGAGAUUUUAAAAUGCACUCGGUUCCUUCAAGAAAACGGUUAUCCAUCUUCAACCCUUCGAUUCCAAAUCAGCCAAAUUGGCAAUUCAUCCAGAGCUGAUAAAUUCCUGAAAAAGCUUAGCCGAGACAAGGAACUGGAGGAAGUACUAUUUUGCACGGCUCAGCGCCUUGAUGAGCAAUUUGAAAUGCUAAGAGAUAAUGAAGAGAAGCUUGAACGAUGGCUUUUGCAUACGCUCUUGAAGCCAAUACUAGGACAGGAGAUUAAUAACUUGAAUUUACAAAUAUGAUUGAAGUUAGACAAGAGACAGUGCUUGUAGGACAAGGCGUGGUAGGAUUUGGGAAAGCGUUGCUUUCAGACAUUCGUUGACUAUAUUUUCUUUUGUCACAUAUCUCUUUAGAAGCGUUUUCAUUUUCUAAAUUCUCUCUUAUUUUAAAACUGCUCAUACGCAGUAUUUCUUUAAUUGAAGCAUAGAUAGCAAUUUAUCAGAAUCGACU